AUGGCAGAAAUUGUCAAGGGACUCACCAACUUGGUGCAGUCUUUCUUCCAGAUCAUCUACGGCACCGUCAGCACCGUGGUGUCGACGAUCGUCAACACGCUCGAGGCUGCCUUCAACUUCGUGGUUGGUAUCUUCCAGAGCGCGUUCAAUGUGUCUGAGGGCAUUGUCGGCCUGGUCCUCGGUAACCUCACACUGAUCUUGACCGCCGUGCUCGCGUACUGGGGUUACGUGAUCUAUCAACAGCGCCAGGGCAACAAGAACCCGCAGCCGCUCAAGGAAAUCUCCGGCAAGGUGCAGAAGAUGACCUCUUGA